CCUUAUUUCAAUUUGCCUGUGCGGUCGAUAAGUGGCCCCAUUCGCUCCCAUUCAUUGUGUUAGCCAGACCCGGAAAGGUUUUAAAGUGUGUGUAUGCAUGGCAAAGUGUGUUUCCGGUAUAACGUGUGUGUUGAUCGGCGUUCAGCCUUUUUCUCUUGGCUUUCAGUAGAGCAGUCAGUCACUCCAAAGUCCCAGCUCCCUUACCUGGUCACCCCUAAACGGCGUUAUAUCUCAAACCGGUGGACAUGGCAUCUGUUUCUGCACCAGCUCAGACAGCCCCGGCUCCGGCUGCUCCUCUGCAAAGAGGAAUUGUGAAAAUGGUCUUGUCCGGCUGUGCCAUCAUUGUUCGGGGCCAGCCUCGAGGUGGCCCACCCCCGGAGCGUCAGAUCAACCUCAGUAAUAUCCGAGCUGGGGCCAUGGCCCGCCGAGCCGCUCAGGGCCAGCCUGACACCAAGGACACCCCUGAUGAGCCCUGGGCCUUUCAAGCCAGAGAGUUCUUGCGGAAGAAACUUAUUGGAAAAGAAGUGUGCUUCACUGUGGAAAUCAAGACCGUUAUGGGCAGGGAGUACGGCAUGGUUUACCUGGGGAGAGACACAACAGGCGAGAACAUUGCUGAGUCUUUGGUGAACGAGGGCCUUGCCACAGUCCGCAGGGAAGGAAUCAGAGGGAACAAUCCAGAGCAGGCCAGACUAUGUGAUUUGGAGGACCAGGCUAAGGCUUCUAAGAAGGGCAUGUGGAGUGAGGGCGGCGGUACGCAAACCAUCCGUGACAUGAAGUACACCAUAGAGAAUCCCCGCAACUUCGUUGACUCCUUACACCAGAAACCUAUCAACGCCAUCAUCGAGCAUGUGCGUGACGGCAGUGUUGUUCGUGCCUUGCUGCUCCCCGACUACUACCUGGUCACUGUCAUGCUGUCUGGUGUUAAGUGUCCCACGUUCAAGCGGGAACCGGAUGGUACAGAGACACCAGAGCCAUUUGCAGCAGAGGCCAAAUUCUUCACUGAAUCCCGUCUUUUGCAGAGAGACGUUCAGAUCAUCCUGGAGAGCUGCCCUAACCAGAUCAUAUUGGGCACCAUCCUUCACCCUAAUGGUAACAUAACAGAACUGCUGCUGAAGGAAGGCUUUGCCCGCUGUGUGGACUGGUCCAUGGCUGUCUACACCCAGGGAGCUGAGAAACUCAGAGCUGCUGAACGGUCUGCUAAAGAGCGCAAAGUCCGCAUCUGGAAGGACUAUGUUGCACCCACAGCCAACUUGGACCAGAAGGACAGGCAAUUUGUAGCCAAGGUGAUGCAGGUGCUGAACGCUGAUGCCAUGGUGGUUAAGCUCAACUCUGGAGAAAACAAGACUAUCCACCUGUCCAGUAUUCGCCCCCCCAGAAUUGAGGGAGAGGAGAAGAACAAGGACAAAGACAAACGUUUCCGUCCGCUCUAUGACAUCCCCUACAUGUUUGAGGCCCGUGAGUUCCUGAGGAAGAAGCUCAUUGGUAAAAAGGUCAACGUGACAGUUGACUAUAUCAGAGCAGCUACCGGUCCAGGAGAAGGAACCCCUGCCUUUGCAGAACGCACUUGUGCUACGGUCACCAUUGGCGGCAUUAACAUAGCAGAAGCUCUGGUCAGUAAAGGCCUGGCCACGGUCAUCAGAUACAGACAGGAUGACGAUCAACGCUCCUCCCACUACGACGAGCUGCUUGCUGCAGAGGCACGGGCUAUCAAGAAUGGGAAAGGGCUGCACAGCAAGAAGGAGGUUCCCAUCCACAGAGUGGCUGAUAUCUCUGGGGAGACCCAGAAAGCCAAGCAGUUCUUGCCCUUCCUGCAGAGGGCUGGCAGGUCAGAAGCUGUGGUAGAAUACGUCUUCAGCGGCUCGCGCCUCAAGCUUUACAUGCCCAAAGAAACCUGCCUCAUCACAUUCCUCCUUGCCGGUAUUGAAUGUCCACGCAGUUCCAGAAAUAUGCCUGGAGGGAUGCAGGUGGCUGAACCCUUCAGUGACGAGGCCAUGCUGUUCACCAAAGAACUGGUGCUGCAAAGGGAGGUGGAGGUUGAAGUGGAGAGCAUGGACAAAGCAGGGAACUUCAUUGGCUGGCUGCACAUUGAGGGUGUGAAUCUGUCAGUGGCGCUGGUAGAAAAUGCUUUGUCCAAGGUCCACUUUACAGCAGAGCGCAGCGCCUACUACAAGACCUUGGUCUCAGCAGAGGACACAUGCCGACAGAGGAAAGAGAAGAUCUGGGCCAAUUAUGAGGAGAAACCAGUUGAGGAGGUCGUGCAUCUAUCAGAGGAGAAGGAACGAGUGCCCAACUACAGAGCAGUAUACGUCACCGAAAUCAGCGACACCCUUCACUUCUACGCCCAGGACGUGGAGACAGAGAGAAGUUGUGUCGUCCAAUCGUCUGGCUGCCAUUCCCCCUGCCUUCAGCACCAGGACCCUGCCAGCACAGGCCACCGAGUAUGCCUUCGCCUUCAUCCAGAUCCCACAGGACGAGGAUGCCCGCGCGGACGUGGUGGACUGCAUUGUGCGUGACAUCCAGAACACCCAGUGCCUGUUAAAUGUGGAGUACUCGGGUCCCACCUGCCCAUUUGUCACAAUACAGUUUGGGGACACAAAGGACGACGUGGGCCUCGGCCUAGUUAAGGAGGGCUUGGUCAUGGUGGACGUUCGCAAGGAGAAGCACCUGCAGAAGAUGGUGACAGAGUACCUGAACAGUCAAGAAUCUGCCAAGAGUGCCAGGCUCAACAUUUGGCGCUACGGAGACUUCCGUGCGGACGAUGCCGAUGAGUUUGGUUACAGACGUUAAAAAGAAUAAAACACAAAACCGACCAUCCAAUCAACACCAUUCCAAAGACCCAUGUGGACGACGAGUAUUGGACAGAAGACAAAGUAAAUAAAUGACAAAAAAUUAAACGACAAGCAUUGACUCACUCUUUUUGACAUUUCAUCCCUCCAGUCCUGACUUCUCUUAUGCUUAUACCUUUUUUCUCCAGCUUGCCCCUGUAGCUCCAAAUAGAGCAUGCUAAAAGAAAAAAAGAAUCAUAAGAAUAAUUUUUCACUCAUCCUUAAUUUUCCUAAUGGGCCACUGCCAACUCAAGCAGCCUGCACGAUUGCCAAUCUGUGUUAUUUGCCAUGUUACUUUUUCAGCAGACUUGUGUGAAUGAUAAUAAUUAUACUUGCGUACGUGUUUCAGCCAAUCAUGCUCUUUGCUCUCUCUGAUGCUAUAGCCCAAUCCCUGCUUUCCCCUGUCCAAGAAAGGGACUGGGUAUUUUGGGGGAAACGCUUGAUUUCUGCAAACAAAUGCUUCCCUAAUAAAUUUCAUGUAAAUGUGAGGAUAUGUUGAAAAGUGUAAAUGGAUUUAUUUUAGAGAAAUACUGUAGGUGGAGCCACACAGACAAAAAGAAAAGGACAGGGUUAUUUUUGACUUCAAUGUAUAUCUGUGUGAUUAUGACAUUUGCAGAUGUUUUUGUGGGAAGUGUUUUGUCGUUUAUUCACUGUCACACUUUUAUGACCAGUAACAAUGGAUGCCAUCAUGUGGCAUUUUAUCGUCUCUCUCUAUCUCCUGUAAAGUUUACAUUCUAAUAAUGGUUAUGAUCCUGUAUUGGGCAGUCUCUUCUCUUUCUGUAUGCCAGAGCAGAACCAGUGUUUGAAUUUGUUUCCACAUAAUGGACCUUUGCAUUCUAUUAAAAAUCUGCUGAAUAAAAACAAGCAAACUGAAA